UCCGUACACCAGUAUAGAAAACCACGGGAACCUCUGCCUGGACAUUCGUGUGAUAUUUUGCUAAGUGGGAAACGAGAACCGGUGAAACAUCGCACAUUUAGCUAGCUUUUCUGUAUUUAUUAUUGUCAACCAGGUGGACAACCAUGGCAUCGGGCGGGGAAUCAAAGAAUGAUGACUUAGCCACAGCAAUUCUGAAACAGAAGAACAGGCCCAACAGACUGAUUGUCGAUGAGUCUAUUAAUGAAGACAACAGUGUGGUGUCUCUCUCUCAGACCAAGAUGGACGAGCUGCAGCUCUUCCGUGGUGACACAGUGCUGAUGAAGGGCAAAAAGAGGCGUGAGACUGUGUGCAUCGUACUGUCUGAUGAUACCUGCUCUGACGAAAAGGUUCGAAUGAACAGGGUGGUCCGCAACAACCUGAGGGUCCGACUGGGUGAUGUCAUCAGCAUUCAGCCAUGUCCUGAUGUAAAGUAUGGAAAGCGGAUCCAUGUCCUACCUAUCGAUGACACAGUAGAGGGAAUCACUGGCAACUUGUUUGAGGUUUAUCUCAAGCCAUACUUUCUAGAGGCUUACAGGCCCAUCCGCAAAGGUGAUAUUUUCCUGGUCAGAGGAGGCAUGCGUGCUGUGGAAUUCAAGGUGGUUGAAACCGAUCCUUCUCCCUACUGCAUCGUUGCUCCCGACACCGUCAUUCACUGUGAGGGCGAGCCAAUCAGGAGAGAGGAUGAAGAGGAGUCUUUGAAUGAGGUUGGCUAUGAUGACAUCGGUGGCGUGAGGAAGCAGCUGGCUCAGAUCAAAGAAAUGGUGGAACUUCCUCUUAGGCACCCUGCACUUUUCAAGGCCAUAGGUGUCAAGCCCCCACGUGGAAUUCUUCUGUAUGGACCCCCUGGAACUGGAAAGACCUUGAUUGCCAGGGCUGUGGCCAAUGAAACUGGGGCCUUUUUCUUCCUGAUCAAUGGCCCUGAGAUAAUGAGCAAGUUGGCUGGAGAGAGCGAGAGUAACCUAAGGAAAGCCUUUGAGGAAGCAGAGAAAAAUGCUCCUGCCAUCAUUUUCAUCGAUGAGCUUGAUGCUAUUGCUCCUAAGAGAGAGAAGACUCAUGGAGAGGUGGAGAGGCGCAUUGUGUCGCAGCUGCUGACUCUGAUGGAUGGCCUCAAACAGAGAGCUCAUGUCAUCGUUAUGGCCGCCACAAACAGACCUAACAGCAUCGACCCGGCUCUUAGGAGAUUUGGCCGUUUUGAUCGGGAAGUGGACAUUGGCAUCCCAGAUGCCACUGGCAGACUAGAGAUUCUCCAGAUUCACACCAAAAACAUGAAGCUGGCUGAUGAUGUGGACUUGGAACAGGUAGCCAAUGAGACCCAUGGUCACGUGGGUGCAGAUCUGGCUGCCCUCUGCUCCGAGGCGGCCCUGCAGGCCAUCAGAAAGAAGAUGGAUCUGAUCGAUCUGGAGGAUGAGACCAUUGACGCUGAAGUCAUGAAUUCUCUCGCCGUCACCAUGGAUGACUUCAAGUGGGCUCUGAGCCAGAGCAACCCAUCAGCUCUCAGAGAGACAGUUGUUGAGGUUCCUAACAUUACUUGGGAGGAUAUUGGUGGUCUGGAAGAUGUCAAGAGAGAGCUGCAAGAGUUGGUACAGUACCCAGUGGAGCACCCAGACAAAUUCCUCAAGUUUGGCAUGACCCCGUCCAAGGGUGUGCUCUUCUACGGGCCUCCUGGUUGUGGUAAAACUCUGCUAGCCAAAGCCAUCGCCAAUGAGUGCCAGGCGAAUUUCAUCUCCAUCAAAGGACCGGAGUUGCUCACCAUGUGGUUUGGAGAGUCUGAGGCAAACGUCAGAGAGAUUUUUGACAAGGCUCGUCAAGCAGCCCCCUGCGUUCUCUUCUUUGACGAGCUGGACUCCAUAGCGAAGGCUCGUGGCGGCAACGUGGGAGACGGCGGCGGCGCGGCCGACCGAGUCAUCAACCAGAUCCUGACCGAGAUGGACGGAAUGUCCAGCAAGAAGAACGUCUUCAUCAUCGGCGCCACCAACAGACCCGACAUCAUCGACCCCGCCAUCCUGAGACCUGGACGUCUGGACCAGCUCAUCUACAUCCCCCUGCCAGAUGAGAAGAGCCGAAUGAGCAUCCUCAAGGCCAACCUCCGCAAGAGUCCCAUCAGCAAGGAUGUGAACUUGGACUACCUGGCAAAGAUGACCAAUGGCUUCUCAGGAGCUGACCUCACAGAGAUCUGCCAGCGGGCGUGUAAACUGGCCAUCAGGGAGAGCAUCGAGAACGAGAUCCGCAGAGAGAGGGAGAGGCAGACCAAUCCUUUAGCUAUGGAGGUGGAAGAGGAUGACCCCGUGCCUGAGAUCAGGAAGGACCAUUUUGAGGAGGCCAUGCGAUUCGCCCGCCGCUCUGUCAGCGACAACGACAUCCGCAAAUACGAGAUGUUUGCACAGACGCUGCAGCAGAGUCGUGGCUUCGGCAGCUUCAGGUUCCCCAACAGCACCACAGGCGGCAGCGGUCCAAGCCACGGCUCAGGAGGAAGUGGCACCGGUCCCGUUUUCAAUGAAGAUAACGACGACGACCUUUAUGGAUAAAUGUGCACACUUGCCCCAUAGUGGUCAGCACAGGGAUAACACCUGUACAAAUUCUCACCAGAUUCCACCUUUUUAGGACUUUGUGCUUCUUUCUUUUGUUCCUGUUUUUUGUAUGAGUUCCCUCGGAGACAGCAUGUUGCCACUUGGCUUGCCCUGGCUUUGUUGUGGGCAGGGAGAAGGGGAUGUUUGCAAAUGGAAGGUGAGUGAUGGAGCUUUUCCAAUGGGGGGGAGGGGGGGUUUAUUGAGUGGCCUCGUUUUCAGUAUACUAUAUGAUACAGUUAGUGGCGGGAUACCUACGCUAGACCUUGAGAAAUGGAGGAAAAAAAAAAUUGCUAAAUUACUUUUGUUUUUUAAAAAUAAAACAGUAGCAUAUAAUGUAUUAAAUUUGUCAAGGUUAUGUUGUUGAAAAUAAAAUCUCACGUGUUCCAAA